CAGGAGAUGACCAGAGACUGCGGACACAGUACAGAGAGAUGACCAGAGACUGCGGACACAGUACAGGAGAUGACCAGAGACUGCGGACAGUACAGGAGAUGACCAGAGACUGCGGACAUAGUACAGGAGAUGACCAGAGACUGCGGACAGUACAGGAGAUGACCAGAGACUGCGGACACAGUACAGGGAUGACCAGAGACUGCGGACACAGUACAGGAGCAGAGACUGCGGACAUAGUACAGGAGUGACCAGAGACUGCGGACAUAGUACAGGAGACUGCAGAGACUGCGGACAGUACAGGAGAUGACCAGAGACUGCGGACAGUACAGGGAUGACCAGACUGCGGACAGACAGUACUGACCGAGACAGACAGUACAGGAGAUGACCAGAGACUGCAGACAGUACAGGAGAUGACCAGAGACUGCGGACACAGUACAGGAGAUGACCAGAGACUGCGGACAGUACAAGGGAUGACUGCUGACCUUUGGGGAGGGAG